AAAAAAUUUAUUCAAAAUUUCAAAAACAUAAAAUAUCUAAAGGACUUUAAUUAAGCAUAAAAGCAUAUUAAACGCGUGUUGUUGAUUGUGAAUAAUAGUUGAUUAGAUAAAGUGUCGAAAUGAGCUUUAAACGCGAUAAAAAAGAAGAGGAAGAUGGUAUUAUUGAUUGAGAUUUACUUAAAAAUAUUUUCUAGUCAUUCAUUUUUCAUUAGUUCACUUAUAAUCCAUAAAAUACUUGAUUAAAACAUAAUCGUACAGUAUAGCAGUACAGAUACUGACAACUAGUGAACAAAUAUCGAUUAAACCAGUGAUUUCAAGUGAUAUUUUCACAUAAAAAUUAAGUUGAAAAAUUUUCAUGUUGUGUUGGCACUUUACGUGUUGUUGUUGGAUAUCCGCAAUCAUUCAAAAAAGUUCCAGUGCUUCUAUAGUGUCUAUGUUUACGAAUAUAAUCUUCUCGUACGGUUUUCUAUGAUAUUCAAUAUAUGCUCAAAUAAUUUCGCUGGAUCAUAAUUCAUUAACUCACAAAUUGCAUAGAAUGGCAUUAAUGUUGAUGCAUAAAUAUAACAAAUCAUCGCCACCACGCAGUGGAAAUCCAUUUCAAAGCUUGGAAAAGACAUCUGUGUUGCAGGAAGCUAGAACUUUCAAUGACACUCCGGUUAAUGCUAAGAAAUGUAUCCACAUAUUGACAAAAAUUUUAUACUUGCUUAAUCAGGGUGAACAAUUGGGUACAAGGGAAGCCACAGAAUGCUUCUUUGCAAUGACAAAGCUGUUCCAGUCGAAAGACACCGUCUUGAGACGAAUGGUUUAUCUCGGGAUUAAGGAACUUAGUACUAUAGCUGAGGAUGUCAUUAUCGUAACUAGUUCCUUAACAAAAGACAUGACUGGUCGUGAGGAUUUUUAUCGUGCACCUGCAAUUCGUGCACUUUGUUCAAUCACCGAUCCAAGUAUGCUUCAAGCCGUUGAACGUUAUAUGAAGCAAUGUAUUGUUGAUAGAAAUUCAGCUGUGUCUAGUGCUGCACUCGUCAGUUCACUUCAUUUAUCAAGCCAACACGGUGCUGGAGAUAUUGUAAAAAGAUGGGCAAAUGAGGCUCAAGAAGCACUUAAUAGUGACAAUAUUAUGGUCCAAUAUCAUGCACUUGGAUUGCUUAAUCAUAUAAGAAGAAACGAUCGUCUUGCUGUUGGAAAAUUAGUCUCAAAACUAAUUGGACAGAACAUGAAAAGUCCAUAUGCUGUUUGCUACUUGAUUCGUAUCGGAAGUAAGAUAAUUGAGGAAGAUUAUGCGAAUGGAACUAGCACAAUAUCAGAUACACAAUUCUUGGAAUUUGUUGACUCAUGUUUACGUCAUAAAAGUGAAAUGGUUAUUUAUGAAGCUGCUCAUGCUAUUGUUAAUUUAAAGAGAACAUCAGCUAGAGAAUUGGCACCGGCUGUAAGCAUCCUUCAAUUAUUCUGUGGCUCAUCAAAGGCUACAUUACGUUUUGCAGCUGUUCGAACAAUGAAUAAAGUUGCAGUUUUAUAUCCAGCUGCUGUAGCUGCUUUUAAUAUGGAUCUUGAGGGAUUAAUUGCUGAUUCUAAUCGUUCAGUUGCGACACUUGCUAUCACAACAUUAUUAAAAACUGGAACUGAAAGUUCUGUCGAAAGACUUAUGAAGCAAAUCGCAACAUUUGUGGCUGAAAUUAGUGAUGAAUUUAAAGUUGUUGUUGUUCAAGCAAUUCGUACAUUAUGCACAAAAUUCCCACGCAAACAUGCCAUUUUAAUGAACUUUUUAAGUGCAAUGUUAAGAGAAGAAGGAGGCCUUGAAUACAAGACAUCAAUUGUAGACACAGUAAUUACAAUUAUUGAGGAAAAUCCAGACGCAAAAGAAUCUGGAUUGAGUCAUUUGUGUGAAUUUAUUGAAGAUUGUGAACAUACUUCACUUGCUGUCCGUAUCCUUCAUUUAUUAGGCAAAGAAGGUCCAUUCUCAAAAAAUCCAUCAAAAUACAUAAGAUUCGUCUAUAAUCGUGUAAUUCUUGAGAAUGCAAUUGUACGUUCAGCUGCCGUUUCCUCUAUGGCUCAAUUUGGAGCUGCUUGCCCAGAUUUAUUACAAAAUGUCGUUGUUUUAUUAAAUCGCUGUCAAAUGGACGUUGAUGAUGAAGUUCGUGAUCGAGCCACUUAUUAUCUCGCCAUUCUUAAUUGUGGAAAUCCAACAAUAUGUAAAAAUUAUAUUUCAAGCACUGAUCAAAUGGUUUCAUUAAAUCUCCUCGAGAAAACAUUAAAGGACCAUCUUCAUGGAUCACUCACUGAAACAUUUAAUUUAGCUCUCGUUCCGAAAACAGCACCGGCGCAGACAGUCAAUGAGGAUGCUCAUAAUGAUGCAAUGAUUACGACAAAUGCUGUUCAAAAAGCUCCAAGAAUUACAAGAGAAGAAGUUAAUGUUGAAAGAUUACUUCAAAUUCCAGGCAUUCAACGGUUGGGUCCACUCCAUAAAUCUUCACAAACUGUUCAAUUGACAGAAAGUGAAACGGAAUAUACUGUAUCAUGUAUUAAGCAUUGUUUCGCUCAGCAUAUAGUCUUACAAUUUGACUGUGUUAAUACGCUGUCCGAUCAGUUAUUAGAGAAUGUAAGAGUUGAUUUAUUAUUGCCUGAAGGAUUCAACAUACGUCAUGUCAUACCAUGUGCAAAAUUAGUUUAUGGCGAAAAGGAAUCCACUUAUGUUAUACUAGAAUAUCCAGCUGAUGUCUCAAGCUCUGCAGCCACAUUCGGAGCGACACUAAAGUUUAUAGUUAAGGAUUGUGAUCCAGCAACCGGUUUACCAGAUUCAGACGAAGGAUAUGAUGAUGAAUAUAUGCUCGAAGACUUUGAAAUCACCGUUGCGGAUCAAAUUCAGAAAACAAAAGUUAGCAAUUUUGCGGUUGCAUGGGAUGCAGCAGACACAGAAGAAUGGGUUGAAUUGGAAGACACUUAUCAAUUGUCAGCUGUUAGUACUUUGCAGGAAGCAGUCCAGACAAUUAUCAAAUUUCUUGGGUUAGGGCCUGCGAAUGCGUCAGAAAAAGUGCCCGAAGGAACACACACUCAUACCCUCCUUUGUUCAGGAGUGUUUAGAGGCGGCGCUGAAGUUCUUUUACGAGCGAAAUUGGCACUAUCUGAAGGCGUGACGAUGCAGUUGACUGUACGAUCGACCGAUCAGGAUGUGGCAGAGAUAGUAAGUUCAGCAAUCGGUUAAGGGCCAAUUAAUUUUAUUUUAAUUUUUCGAUUCAAUUAUCUUUAUUGUAUAACGAGUAAAUAUGGAUAAUAAAGAGUUUAAAUAAUCUAUAGCUAAUGA